AUGGACACCGUCGACAUUCCCUUCGACUCCAUCUGGUGUCUCGUCUGCUCUCGUCAAAUCGUGCCCAAACGCCUCCGCGUUCCCGUCGACCCUCAGCCUACCCCUGCCCCGCCCGCCUCUCCUACUGCUCUAGCGUCCAACGCUGCUCAGCUACAUGAUGUUCCGCCGCGCCUGGCUCGCGGCAAGACUGGCACCAUCCAUCCUCGUGCUCAGGGCCUCGUCCACGGUACCGGCCGCGUGAAGCCCAACGGCACCAUCAAGCGUUCGCCGACAAAGGACACCCACGACUCGAAACCCCCUCCCCCCGCCCCCAAGUCGAACACUCCCAUUCGUCACCGCACUGUCAUCGACCAAACCCCCGCGCCUCUCUAUUGCUCCGACGAGUGUCGCCUGGCCGACCUCCAGUCCAUCCACGGCGCCAUCGACAUCAAGUACAACCCAGAGCGUUGCGCGUCCCCCCGUCUCCCUCCCGUCCCACCAAACUCCUACAUCGACGGGCCCUCGUCGCUUGCAGACAGCGACUCGUCUAGUGGUGCGUCUCUCGAGUCGCGCUCCUCCAUCGCGUCCCCCACCACCACCACCACCACCACCACCACCCCUGCCGUCCCGCGCGCGGCAUCGCCCACGGGCGACCUGCACCAAGACGUCUACGCGCGCAUGUCCGCCAUCUACGGUUUUGCUCCCCUCCCUCCACCGCCGCCCUUCUCCAGCAGGCCAAAGAAGGCCGAGCCAGUCGUCACCCCCAUGGAAGGGGGUAUCAUGAUGGCCGCACGUCGCAUUCAGGCCGCGCUUUGCCCGGAGAAGCCCCCCAAACGCUCUUCGUCGUGGGGCAUCCCAGUGCACCACGACCCGACACAAGACAACAAGCCCAUUCCUGGCUGGACCGACGGUUCCCAAGCGUGGCGAGAAAGCGUGUAUGGCAUCCCCUCGCAGCGCGCCACCCGCGCCAGUCCGGAGGAAGCCGCAAUCAUUGCGCAAGGCUCUUACGCCAGCCCUCACCGGUCGUCGCGCGGCGUCGUCUCGACCAUGGGCGAGGGCAAGCCUGCGACCGAAGUCCGUCCUAGCGCGUCUACUUCCGCACUCCCCUCUCCUGCCCUCGACCGCUCCACGCAAGAGCUCUACCGUCAGUACUCCGCAUCGUUCAUGCGCCGGUCUGAGUCGCGCAAUUCUGUUCCACGUGCAUCCACCCUCUCCACCUCUCCCACUGGUUCAGCGCGCGAGGUGUCCAUCCUGAAGCCCGGUGCCGAAGGUCUGCUACUCGUCCCUGACGUCAAGAUGCGUCGCGUCAACUCGGGCAUGUCGAGUACCGACGGGAGCUCAGUCGCAUCGUGGGGUAGCACGAUGGUCAGGAAGCGUAGCCCACUCAGUCGGCAGAACAGCGACGCCAGCGUGGACUCCGUGACCACGGAGAGUGACGAGGACGACCUUGAGGCUGCCUGCUCGUUGCCCACCUCUCGGCCAUCCAAUAACCGCACUUGGAGCUAUGCAUCGGAGAAGUACACGUAUCCGAUUAUGCGCGUCGCUCCCAAGAAGGUCAAGCGCAUCGAGCGGCAAGUCAUCGACGGUGUGGAGCAAGACGUCGAGGUCGAGAUCCUUGUGGAGGAGCCCAUCAAGCGUCUCUUCCUCUUCGGCGGCGCUCGCGAUUAA